UGUAAAAUGGUAAUGAUGAUUCUAUUUGCACAGCACAUGAAAUUGACAAUCCCUUGUUCUUGUUUCUACAGUACAAUGAUGAUUAAGCCAUAUGUAAGACAAGGCGAGGGAGAGGAGGCCGCCAGCCCUCUGCAGUGGGUGGACGGAGACAUGAGCUCGCCUGAUGGAGACGCAUCAGAUUCAUCACACCACUACAGAGAUGGAGGAGAUGAACAGGACAGGGAGCUGGGGAGCGAGGAUGCUCAUGAAGAAGAUGAGGAGGAUGACGAGGAGGGACAGGGGGAUGAAAACGAGUCCAAACGACGUGGGCCAAAGAAAAAGCGCAUGACAAAGGCCCGGCAGGAGCGCUUCCGUGUGAGGCGAGUCAAGGCUAACGCCAGGGAGCGCUCCCGCAUGCACGGCCUGAACGACGCUCUGGAGAGCCUGCGCACCAUCAUGCCUUGUCACUCCAAAACACAGAAACUGUCCAAGAUCGAGACGCUACGGCUGGCCCGCAACUACAUCUGCGCUCUUUCCGAAGCCCUGGAUGGGGGCAUCUCCACAGAAAGCAGGUCCUUCAUGGACACCCUGUGCAAGGGCCUCUCACAGCCCACCAGCAACCUGGUGGCGGGCUGCCUGCAGCUGGGGCCGGGGUCUGGGCCCGGGAUGAGGCCUGAGGACAGACACAGGGUCCGGGCGGCAGGUGCUCCUCUCGGUGGCGUGGUGGGCUACUCCUCUCCUGGCCUGCCGAGCCCCCCGUACGGCACGUUUGACUCUGCUCACAUGCUUCACCUGAGGGCCAUGAAAGGAGGAGUUUAUGAGAAUCACUCCCCAAAGGAGUAUAAUGGUGGUGGUGUGGGGACCCCUCCGUACGACGGCCCCCCUACACCGCCUCUGAGCAUCAGCAGCAACCUGGUGCCCAAACAGGAGCCUUCACCGCACUACCCCCCUCAACACCACUACUCCCCCUCCCCGGUGGAGCAGGGUCUGUAUCAGACUCAGACUGGCUACGACGUACACUUAGAGGGGCCGUAUGACUCCUACCACCCCCAGCACAUGCCCCCCCGACAGAUCACCUCCGUCUACAGAGACUAA